CAGGGGGUGGUGGAAAAUAGGUGGUAUAAACCCUUCCACCCUGGGAUCGUUCGCUCGUCAUCUACUUUAACGCAGGGUGUUUCAAACUCGUAUUCUCCAAAGAGACGACCCUUGUCUCGGAAUCCAAACCGCUCGAACGAACGAUCAUGGACAAAGCCGACUUUUCGACGCAGUCGUCGCAAGGCUUGCGGCUACGCAGGAAAGCGUAUGUGGUUCUGCUGCUGGUGGUGCUAGCCUUGCUCCUCUUCAACACGCGAAGUCAUUUUCCCGAUAUCUCGCAACACGCCGACAUUAUACCUUCAUCACCGAUCUCGGUCGGUCUCAACAACGAAAUCCCCAAUAUUGUGCAUUACGUCCAGUUAUCCAAAGCGCCCGACGCCGAGUUCCACUUCGAGUUCAAGCAUUUCCUGUCGGUAUACUCAUCAGUGGUCUAUCUCCGACCCAAGACCAUCUACCUGCACACAGAUUUCAGCGAAGAAGCCAUCAAGAAGGUGCUGGUCAGCGAAGACCCAAAGCACAAAUGGACCCGUAGGAUCCUGAGCUUGAAGGCCGUCAAGGUCCGACGUGUGCGCGCACCCACCGUGGCUGCGGGCAAUGGCAAGAGGAUCGAAAAGAUCCAGCACAAGUCGGACUUCGUCCGAAUGGACGCCAUCUACGAAUUCGGCGGACUGUACAUGGACUUCGACGUCCUCCCUCUGCGGGACAUCACGUCGCUGCGGCGGUCCGGCUUCAAGAACAUUGUAGGCCGAGAACACGGAGGACAGAUCAACAACGGCUGCUGGCUGUCGGCGCCCAAGACGGCCAUGGUCGACAUCUUCCGAUCCGAGGCCAGCGAGAUCUUCGACGGACGCUGGACGACGCACAGCUGCAAGCUCCUCACCAAGGUCUCGGAGCGACUCGUCCGGACGCCCGGGGAGGUUCUGAUCAUGGACAUGCUUGCCUUUGCCCCCUCGAGCUGGGUCGACGAAGACGUCAUGAAGCUGUGGACCAUCCACAACGAGACGACCAUCUUCCCGGAGGACGACAUCGAUUUUACGAUCCAAGACCCUUAUCAGCGCUGGAACCGCCGGAACAAGGUCGCCGAGUGGGAAAACGACUGGUCCGCCUCGUACUUCCUCCACUCCUUCGACCGCCACGGCAAGAUCCCUCAAGAAUUCAAGGGCGGCGUCAACGUCAAGGAAGUCAUGUACCCGAGAAGCAACUUCGGCCUGCUCACGCACCCGGUCCUCAAGGAUGCCAUGAGGAAUGGCUUGGUCUUCGAGGAGGAUGCCGAGGAAGACCUCGACAUCAUCUAAAGUGAGUGAGGAAGUGAAAGAUCGUGCCUGGAGGUUCCGCAGGAAAUCGCGGGGGUCCCCAUUGGACUCUCCGUUUUCUGGUUGUUGUUUGUCUAACUUAAGUUGCAACGGCCUUUCUUUGUCUACUACCAGGAGCAUCGGUGUUUGUUGGCCUGGGUCAUUAAUGGGAUGAUUCAAUGAGCAUCUACCCGGCGUUGGAGAGCGUGAGCAGCCAAAACGGCUUCUUUUUUUUUUUCAUUUUGCUUUUUACAUACAGUCAAAAGUGGACACUCAGUGGGCCAGCGCCCUAAGUUAGAGCGUCUACAUGAACAGUCACACACCAAAAUCCAAAACCAACUUCAGAAAAA